GUCAAGCAUAACGGAGCUCCGGGAACUAUAAACGGGAUACCUGAAGCUACCGACACUCAUAUCCAAGCCUCUAGCUUCAGAUCACGAGCCUGAGCUCCGAACUUACACUCCCAGCUUUCUCCACUGAACCCGAAUCUCCCUCCCUGGCCCUUUCUCAGUGGUGACUGAUGGCUCAUCACUGCGGCUUUACUCUCUUUAUCCCCAUUCACCUUUCUUCUUCCCCUCUCUUUCUCAUUCCCACAAAAGGGAAAGUUCUUCUUUACAAUCUCUCUGGUUUCUCUCUCUCGAUUCCCAAUUUUAAGUGAUUCAAUUUGUAUUUUCAUUGUUUCUUAGCGAAACUAAUCUGGGGUUUUUAUCUCUUUAGCUUCUGAAUUUCUUAUUGAACCCUCGAAUUUCCAUUGCGACCCAUCUUUCAUUACUCCUUUUGAAAGAUGAUGCACGCCAAAUCCGAUUCGGAUGUGACGAGUUUAGCUCCAUCCUCGCCAAGGUCACCGAAGCGGCCGCUCUACUAUGUGCAAAGCCCUUCGAGAGAUUCUCACGAUGGCGACAAAUCUUCCACCCAUGCCACUCCUGCCUUCAACAGCCCCAUGGAAAGCCCUUCUCAUCCCUCUUAUACUCGCCACUCUCGCUCCUCGUCGGCGAGUCGGUUUUCCGGUACCUUUCGAUCCUCUCUUGGCCGUAAAGGUAGCCGGAAACGCAACGAUAAAGGGUGGCCAGAGUGUAAUGUGAUUGAAGAAGAGGGGGACUAUGAUGAUCUAAAUGGAGAUAAAGGGUUAACUAGAAGAUGCCAGAUUCUGAUGGCUUUGCUUGCUUUUAUUUUUAUAUUCUUAUUGUUCUGUUUAAUUAUUUGGGGUGCUAGCCGACCUUUCAAAGCAGAGAUCAAAGUCAAGAGCAUGACCGUUCAUAAUGUUUAUUUUGGAGAAGGAUCAGACACAACAGGAGUUCCAACCAAAUUACUGACUAUCAACUGUUCAUUAAGGAUCACUGUUCACAAUCCUGCAACUUUCUUUGGCAUUCAUGUCAGUUCCUCUCCCAUCAAUCUUAUGUACUCCCAGAUCGCAGUUGCUUCUGGUCAGUUGAAGAAAUACUAUCAACCGAGACAGAGCAAUCGAAUCAAAUUGGUGAAUCUUCAAGGGAACAAGGUGCCAUUAUAUGGGGCUGGAGCCACCCUAGAAGCCUUGGAUAAAAAUGGAAACAUUCCUAUGAUGUUGGUGUUUGAAGUCCAUUCAAGAGGGAAUGUGGUAGGGAAACUGGUAAGAUCAAAGCAUAGAAAGCGUGUAUCAUGUUCUUUGGAGAUUGACUCUCGCAACUCGAAGCCUAUGAAGAUUAAAGCCGAUUCAUGUACAUAUGAUUGAGACAUUAGAAUCUCCAUCUUGCAUCGUUCUUUUCAAUGGAAGGGAAAGAUUCUACUCGUAGGGGAUCAUACUAUGGUUGUAAAAAUAGGCUGUUGACUUAGUUCUUUCUUCUUUAAAGCAAUGGAAUAAUUAAGGGAAAAAAAAAGAAGAUCAGUGGAUCAGUUUAUGGACA